GACGAGGGGGUGGGAACUAGCGCAGAGACUUCCCGUUUGUACAAAGAUGGCUGCCACAUCGGCGCUGUCAUUUUGGUACAGAGCUGAGUGAAGAGCUUAAUUCGACCCGAUCCAGGCCAGAUUCUUUUUCUCAGGGGCUUCCUCGUGCUCAGCUAGUCCUCCGACCAAUACUUGGGAAUCCCUUGCACCUCUUCGGUACCCCUACACUCAGCCAGGGAUCAUGUCUUGGGCCGCUCGCCCGCCCUUCCUCCCCCAGCGGCAUGCCGCAGGGCAGUGUGGGCCGGUGGGGGUGCGAAAAGAAAUGCAUUGUGGGGUCGCGUCCCGGUGGCGGCGGCGACGGCCCUGGCUGGAUCCCGCAGCGGCGGCGGCGGCGGCGGCAGCAGCCGGAGAACAACAAACCCCGGAGCCGGAGCCGGGGGAGGCUGGACGGGACGGGAUGGGCGACAGCGGGCGGGACUCUCGAAGUCCAGACAGCUCCUCCCCAAAUCCCCUUCCCCAGGGGAUCCGUCCCCCUUCUCCUGGGCCACCUCUACCUCUUUCAGCAGCCUCAUCCCUUGGAGGCUCAGGGGCCCCACCCCCACCCCCUAUGCCACCACCCCCACUGGGCUCCCCAUUUCCAGUCAUCAGUUCUUCCAUGGGGUCCCCUGGUCUACCCCCUCCAGCUCCCCCAGGAUUCUCCGGUCCUGUCAGCAGCCCCCAGAUUAACUCAACAGUGUCGCUCCCUGGGGGUGGGUCUGGCCCCCCUGAAGAUGUGAAGCCACCUGUCUUAGGGGUCCGGGGCCUGCACUGUCCACCCCCUCCAGGUGGCCCUGGGGCUGGCAAACGGCUUUGUGCAAUCUGCGGGGACAGAAGCUCAGGCAAACACUACGGGGUUUACAGCUGUGAGGGCUGCAAGGGCUUCUUUAAACGCACCAUCCGUAAAGACCUUACAUACUCUUGCCGGGACAACAAAGACUGCACAGUGGACAAGCGCCAGCGAAACCGCUGUCAGUACUGCCGCUAUCAGAAGUGCCUGGCCACAGGCAUGAAGAGGGAGGCGGUACAAGAAGAACGUCAGCGGGGAAAGGACAAGGAUGCAGAUGGGGAGGGGGCUGGGGGAGCCCCUGAGGAGAUGCCUGUUGACAGGAUUCUGGAGGCAGAGCUUGCUGUGGAGCAGAAGAGCGACCAGGGUGUUGAAAGUCCUGGGGGAACUGGGGGUAGCGGCAGCAGUCCAAAUGACCCCGUGACUAACAUCUGUCAGGCUGCUGACAAACAACUAUUCACACUUGUUGAGUGGGCGAAGAGGAUACCACACUUUUCCUCCUUGCCUCUGGAUGACCAGGUCAUAUUGCUGCGGGCAGGCUGGAAUGAGCUUCUCAUUGCCUCCUUCUCCCACCGAUCCAUUGAUGUUCGAGAUGGCAUCCUCCUUGCCACAGGUCUUCAUGUGCACCGCAACUCAGCCCAUUCUGCAGGCGUCGGAGCCAUCUUUGAUCGGUCCCUCUCCAGGGUGCUGACAGAGCUAGUGUCCAAAAUGCGUGACAUGAGGAUGGACAAGACAGAGCUUGGCUGCCUGAGGGCAAUCAUUCUGUUUAAUCCAGAUGCCAAGGGCCUUUCUAAUCCCAGCGAGGUGGAGGUCCUGCGGGAGAAAGUGUAUGCAUCACUGGAGACCUACUGCAAGCAGAAGUACCCUGAGCAGCAGGGACGGUUUGCCAAGUUGCUGCUCCGUCUUCCUGCCCUACGGUCCAUCGGCCUUAAAUGUCUAGAACAUCUGUUUUUUUUCAAGCUCAUUGGCGAUACCCCCAUCGAUACCUUCCUCAUGGAGAUGCUUGAGGCUCCCCAUCAGCUGGCCUGAGCCUAGACCCAAACAUGGUGCUUCUCACACUUGAGGAGCACAUAUCCAAGAGGGACUCCAAACCCUGGGGCAGGGUGGGAAGGGCCGUGUUUUCAGAACCUUGGUGGGUUGAGAAGUUCAGGGCAAAACUGAGACCUCCAAGGGAAUUCAUAAACCUUCCAAGGGGUUUGCUUCAUAUACCAAGUCAGUGGGGAUCCCAGAUCCCUGUGAGGACUAGAUGUCUCACUUCAGUGGCCUCGAGUCUCUGAAUUUGUUGGGGUCUCAUGAUUGGGAGGGUGAUUUGUCACCCACUGUCCUUCAUCCAGCACAAAGCACUGGCCCUGCUCCUGGGACCUUGCUUCCUUUUCAUUUUGCCUCACUUUGUUCCCUAUCUGAAGAAUAGAAAUGGGGAACUCCCCCAGAGAUGGUUAUUGGGGGGCAGGCCCCCCAAAUUGAUGGACAUGGGAAUAGAGAUCUUAUAGGCCUCUCUCUUCCCAAACCUGGCAGAUAAUUGCCUCUGUGGAAGAGGGAAGGCCUUAUCACUGUCUCCUGACUAAAGUCCCCUUUUACACUUCACCUCCUGCAGUCAGACUGAAAAUAAAAAUGGUGGUGGUGGUGAAGGGGUUGGUGGGACAUGUAGGAAUGAUCUAUUUUUAAUUUCCUCUGAGGAUAGAGACUUGCAGUUAGACUCAAAGAAGUACUGUAUUUUCCCUGGUUGACUAAGAAAUGCCAGUGGUGGAGUGGGUGUUUGGGAGAGGCAGUCCCCUGAGAUGGUCCAUCUCUAGGGCUCUCCAAGCACCCCCCUUCCCAAUUCUCUCCCAUCUCUUACUGUCUAACUUGUGGAAGGGGUCUAGGCUGUGAUGACAGGGCCUGGCAGGGGAUGGAUUGUGGAGUGCAGUCCCUAGCCCUUCCCUUCACAGUUCUCCAGCCCUGGGCUCACAGUGUAGGCUGGGGACACAUGAUCCUGGCCUGAGAAUUGAGGGGAGGUGGCCAGCCUGAAGAGAUGGGUUAUUGGGGCUGCAUGAUUUUUGCCCUGCGUCUCUUCUCUUUAGGGUUCGUUUCCUCUCUAAUUCACACAUAAAAUCGCUUUCAAAUUAAAGUUGUUUUCUGGA